AUGAGCGCUGCAACGCCAGACCUCACCGUCGACCCCGAAGCGCCUCUCGGCAGCUUCCCAGCCGACACCGGCGCAGCCAAGGCCGCUGGCCCCGACGCUGCCGCCUGGGGCCCGGCGGGCGCAGGCCACCCUCUGGGCGAGGCUGCGGGCGGCGACGCGCCGCCCGCGCUGCUGCUGUCGCCGGGGCGCCGCGCGGCGGUCAGCGUGUUGCUGCGGCUGCCGCCGUACGACCAGGACCUGUUUCAGGUCACGGGGGAGCUGCUGGCAGCCGACGGGAAGCUGCUCGGCAGGUCUGCGCGCACUCACAUGCCGCGGUUGCGUCCCACGCUGCCGCGGAUGCUGCAUUACGUGCUGACUACCCCUUGGGCUGCGCUGGGCCUUUAUGAUGACUCAGAGCAUGUGGAGCUGGUGCUGUUUGACUCCUUCGCCGUCCCCGGCCCCAAGCCGCCGCGCCGUCCUGUCCGGCGGCGCCGCGGGAGCGGCGGCGCCGGCGCCGGCGGGGACGCCGCGGUGGCGCCGCCGCCCGCAUCGGGGCCUGCGCCUGCGCCUGCGCCCUCGGCGCCGGUGCCGGUGUUUUUCAGGGCGCGGCUGAUUGGGCGGUCGCCGGCAAAUGGGCCGCCAAAGGUCUACUCAGCAGACAUGCGGCUGCGGCUCAGGCUCGGAUGGAUCGAGUCAUUCCUGUACCACCUCAGCCCCGGCCCCUUGCUGGCCGUCGUGCUGCUGGCCAGCGGCGUCGCGAUGACCCUGGGCGGCGGCGGCUUUGCCGGGGCGCUGCUCGUCGCAGCCGUCGCAAUCCUUCGCUGGGGCGCCCGCGCCGCAGAGCGCGUCUCGCACGCGCCGCCGGACCGGCGGCACGCCGGCGCGGCGGCCUCGGCGGCGGGCGGCGGCGGCGCGGCGCGCUUUGGGGAUGCGGGAGCGAGCGGUGGGGACGACGCGUCGAGCGGGCAGUGGUCUCCGGUGGGCAAGGGCGGCGCCGCUGCCUCGGGGUCUCGCGGGGCAGUGGGCGGACCGGGCGCGGACGGAGCGGGCCAGGGCACUGGCGGCAUCUCAGAGCCGUCCUCGCCCUAUGAUGGCCCUUCGCCGUUCUUCUUGGGCACGCGGCAGCGGGGCGGCAGGGACGGGAAGGAAGAGGAGGAGGAGGAGAGCGAUGAUGAAGCUGUGUGGGAGGCGCCCGCGCAGAGCGUGAGCGUGAGCGGCCUGGCCGUCGGCGCCAUCCGGGGGAUGGUCGGCGCAGGCGCUCGCGGUGGCGGCGGCGCCGCGCGGGCGCUGGGCGCAGGCGGCGGCGGCGGCGGGGCGGGCGCCGCGGCCAGGGACAGGGGGGAGCGAGAUGCGGCGGGCGAGGGGUGGCAGCAUGUAGUGGCAGGCGGCAGCGACGGCGAGGCGGGCAGCCCGCAGCGUGGUGCAGGGCUGACCCAGCGCCGGGGGUGGCCCUUCUCAUCUUAG